AUGACGGAGGCCUACCAAUACAACCGGGAGAACUUCCUCUAUGAUCGAUCCCUGCGGAGGAGAAAAGAGUUUAUGGUGCAGAAGUUCCGGGUAGAGCAGGCGGAGCUGUGGCGCCGGGAUGUGCGGGACCUCAUCUCCCUGACGGAGUACAAGAUGCACGUGUAUUUGCUGGUGAAUGUCCUUCUGCUGGGCAUCACCGUGGCCUUGUGGUGCCAGGGCAAGCUGCCGGAGUCCACACCAGACGGCGGCUUCACUGUGUCGCCGCCGGCAGAGCCCAACCCCAAGCGCCCCACCCCAAAGCCGCUGGACGACAUGAGCCGCGCAGUAGCGGCAGAGGUGGAGCGGCAGAUGUCCUCGAAGCCGGUGGACGAGGCUCAGGUGGCGCGCUUGGUGAAGAAGCAUUUGGCAGCCCUCGACUCCCGGCCCUCCACUGCCCGGGUCACCUCCAGCCGCCAGGCGAGCCGCGGGGCUCAGGACAAGUCCGCGUGGGUCUCUACGGAGUUUGCCUCUCUGUCGCUGAACGCUGAGAACUUGGAGGACACCCUCACCCAGCGGGUCUUCGCGGAGCAGCCCUCGCGUCGGGGCUUGGGCAUCGAUGAGGCAGUGGUCAGGGAUGUGGUGAACACCACCGUCCGGGACAUCGUGGGCAUCUUUGAGGCCCUUUUGGACCGCCUGCUGUGGGAGAAGAAGUCGGACUCCAUUCGCCAGAUGGUGGUGGAGCUGAUGACAGAGGAUUUGUCGCAGACCUUGGCGGCGGGCCAAGACCGGCUCAAGGAGCAGGAGAUCGGCCACGUGCUGGACGAGAUGAGCCGCAUUCGCCAAGAGAUCCGAGAAAGCGAGCAGAGCUGGGAGCAGCGGUUUCAGCAGGUCCAGCAGCUCGAGGAUGCUCUCAGCGACUUCCGCACCUCCACGGAACAAAGGUCACAGAAGGCGGAGGAAGGCUUGCAGUCUGUUCAGGAGAGGUAUCUUCGGAAGGAAGCCUUUGAGAAGAUCAUCAAAGAGGUAACCGCCGACACAAAGAAGAGCAGCGACUCCAUCAACGAGAUCAAAGCCCAGCAUGAGGAGACGCAAAAUCAGAUCAAGGCAAUGGAGGCGACGGUGUCGUCCAAGCUGGUCACCAAGAAGGAGCUCCAGGAGGCCACGCGCAAGGCGGUCCAGGAGCUUCAGCAGGCCGAUGAGAAGCUGUCCAGCAGCUUGCAGGAGCUCCAGAGCAAGGUCGCCUGGCAAAAGGACCUCGAGGAUCUGGAUUCGCAAAGGAGAAAACAGAUCCAAGUGGCACAGGCGGACAUUGCCAGGGCGCAUGACGGGAUCAAGUCCCUGGGCCAGAAGGUGGACCAGAACGACCAGAGGUGCCAGGAAGUCUUCGCCAAGGCUGUGGACGUCGAGAAAAACUUCUCAAAGUUCGGGGAGCUCUUGGAGGACGUGGAAGGAAGGAUCAAGGAGAACCUGCGCGUGUUGGAGAAGCAGAAGUCCGACCGUCGGGAGCUGCAAGAGGAAAUGUCCAAUGCUUCUAGCCGCAUGGAUGAGCUCAAGAUGACGGACGAGAACAUCUCCAACGGGCUGAAAGAGCUGGCGGCAGUGGUGACUGACUUGCAGACAAGCACCAGCGACAUGGCCACCAGGGCUUAUGCGCAGGAGGUCGCCAAGAAAUACGCCGACGAGGUGGUCCGCGCGAGCACGGAGCGGGAGGAGAUCGACGCCCUGCGCCGGGACUUGUCGGAGGAGCAGGAGCGGAUCCGAGCCAACGUGAGGCAGCAGCAGAGCAACCGGAAGGACCUCAACGGCGCGAUCGAGGAGUUGAACGACCUGAGGGCGAAAGCCGUGAAGGUCGAGAAGAGCUGCGCCUCCUUGGAGGACAAGGUUGCCGAGGUCAAGGGUAAGGAGGCGGAGCACUGGCAGAGCAUGCAGCACAGCAUGAAUAACCAGGCUCAAACCCAUGAGGAGCUGCACAGCAUGUGCCAGAUGCUGAGAAAGGAGAUCAAAGAGAACGCCGAGAGGCAGGAGAAGGAGGGCGAGAGCCUGCGGGAUCAGUCCACGCGCAGAUAUUUGGAGCAGCUGGACAAGGCCCUGGAGCUGCACAAUGGCCUCAACAAACUGGAGCUCAGUCACAAGGUGCAAGGUGAGUGGAGCCGGGGCGGAGCCGGGGCGCGAGAGAAAGGUAUGGCUGAUGACUGGCAGCGCUCUAGCAAUGGCUGGCACGCGGCGGUCUCCGCACAGAGCUUCGAGGCGCGGCUGCUGACGCAGAUGGUGCGCCUGCCCAUCCCCAGCUGGCAGGAGAUCGAAGCAUGUAGAACCUACGCCUCAGAGUUCGAGCGCCUGGAGGGCAAGCAGAUGUUCCGCAUCCCCUUCGUGACGGGCAAGCAGGAGGGCCUCGUGCCUCCCAAGGAGGAGGAGGAGGAGGAGCAGGACUACGAGGGCAGCCCACGCACAGAGGCCACCACAAACAGGCGCUUCGAGGCGAGCCACGUGGACCCCUGGGGCCUCGAGGGCAGCGGCGCCAGGCUGCCCGAGAUGGGCUGCAAGAUGGGGCACAGCAUGCAGAAGUUCCGGCACGUGAAGCUGGCGCGGCAGGCCAUGGCCUUCUGGCAAUCCUACGACGCCUUCGCGAGGAUCUGCAUGAGCAUUGGAGUCAACCAGCUCCUCACUGCUGCCAGCUAUUUUAUCUUGGCUUACUAUAUGACGGAGGUGCGAGUGGCAUCCUCGGCCACAUAUGGCGUCGCAGUGCUUACGACCAUGUCCGAGACCUUGAACCGCCUUGACAUGUCGCUGACCUGGUGGCAGCUGCGUUUGAUGCAGUUGUUCUUGUACCUGGGCCCGGCCACCGCCACCAUCGCGGGCUGGGCUUGGCUGGAGGACGGCUGGCUGCGUGCCGCAGAGGCGCUGGUGGUCUUGGCCUACCUCCUGCAUGCCAUGUACCUCCUCACAGUGAACACCUUGUGCCGCAUGCACUUGGAGCACAAUGGCGCCCACCUGCCCAUAGCUUUCCGCUCGGUCUUGUACCUGGAUGUUUUCGGCUGGACACGGACGCAGGCGGGACGCGAGGUGGGCACCCCUUCCUCCCGCGCCUCGGAGGCCUUCAGCGUGCAUUCGGACCUGCCCGUUGACCCGGCCAAGCCGGCCACGGCCAUGGUGGGCUUCGACGAGUUGGGUCGGCCGCUGGCGCGGCGCCCGGAGGAGAGCGCCAAAGACACCGAUCUGCGGGCGGCGGAGGGGGCCCCCGAGUACGGGGAGAACCCGGUCACCGGGUACUCGAACUUCUACCAAGCGGACAGCUGGUUGAGCACCACGCAAAAUCUGCCGGAGGAGGAUGACAUCAUCACCGGCUGUGAACAAGACCGAGCGAUACGUCUGCCACAGCAGACUUUCUCCUUUGCCAUGAAUCUGCUUUGCUUCGCCUGGGUUGUGGCAGCCCUUCGCUUCGGCAUUGAUCUGGCCUUUUCAGGUGGUCACGCGGCCACCUACUCACAGGCAACCACGCACAGCGAAGCUGGGGCCUCGCUGCUGAGCUUCAUGGAGAGGGGCGAGCAUUUGGCCAGCAAGGACUUUUUGACCGUCUCCUGGCCACACGAGAAUGUGCUGCCCCAAACCUUUGCCUGUGACUCUGCUGGUCAGCGCUUCGUGGUCUCGGACGGGGUUCAGCUUUUCACUGCGCCGCUGUCGCACGACCGGGUGGACUUCGACGAGACCAGCUGCCUGGCGGGCGAGGGCUUGCAGGAUGCGGCUUUGAGGUGCAACGGCACGGCUUGCGAGGCCCUGGUGCUGCACCAGGUAGGGAGGCGCAUGGCUUCGUGCGGUCUGAGUGGCGCGGCAUCGCGAGGCUUCCGCGCCGACAUCUCCACCGCCUGGCUCGAGGAGGUCCGCGACCGCGACAGCCUUCGCGAAGGAAACGAAGACGAGCGGCGCAAUCCGCACGCCCGAGUCGAGCAGGCGGUGACUGUGACAUCAGAUGCAAGCUGCUCAGAAGGCGACGCGUGCCUGCUGCUGGGCACCAGUCGCGGACGCCUGGUGCGGCUGAGGGAGACCGCUAGCAAGCGCCUGGCGCCGGUGCAGGCUGUGUUGGAAGAUCAUCAGACGUGGCAGCCAGGCUCCGUGCGCGCGGUGGGCGCGCAUGUGGCGGUGCUGGCAAACAACGGCACCAGGCUGUACGUCCAUGGCGCGCAUGGACAAAGCGCCGGCACGCUCUACCUGGAGACUGCGGCCGCCGGCUUCUGCGCCGGGGGACAACACCUCUACUUCCUGGAUCAAGGGCCCAGCCCCCGCAUUUGGCGCCUGCCAGUGCCACAGAGCCUGAGGGAGCUCUGA